AUGAAUCUUGUGACUUUGUAUCUGGUGGCUACACAUGGGACAAAUACUUUACCUCUUGGUUGGGAGGUUAAUGUCAACUUCAAGUUAUUCGUGUAUGAUCAAGUACGAGACAAGUACCUGACAAUCCAAGAUGCUAAUGGGAGAGUAAGCCGAUUCAACAAGUUGAAGACUGAAUGGGGUUUUGCCAAAUUACUUUCCCUUGAUACUUUCAAUGAUGCUUCAAAUGGGUACCUUGUUGAUGACUCCUGUGCAUUUGGGGUCGAGGUUUAUGUUAUUAAAUCUACCGGCAGAGGAGAAUGUCUUUCUGUUAAGAUGGUGGAACCUUCUAACAAUACCUACACUUGGGAGAUCAAAAAUUUUUCAAAAUUGGAUGAUGGAGUCUUGUACUCGGAACUUUUCUCAAUUGGGAACCACAAAUGGAAGAUAAUUGUUUGUCCCAAAGGAACCGGCAGUGCAAAGGGCAAAAGUUUGUCUGUCUAUCUAAAAUUAGCUGAUAGUGGAACCCCUCCAACUAAGGCUCAUUGUUGGUUGAGUGCACCGAACUACAAUUGGGGUUGUCCUAAUCUUGUCUCGCUGGUAGAUCUCCAUGACAGGUCGAAGGGUUUCAUAGUACACGAUACUUUGGUUGUUGAAGCACAAAUUGAUGUAAUGACGGAUGUGGAAGAGUUCACUUAG